AUGCUCUCACAUGCAGACCUAGAGAUAGAUCCAGUCUGCGAUAGGAAAAUAAAUUUGUGGAAACGAGUUGUUAUAAAAAAAGAAACAGAGGAUCCGGUGAACCUGGUCUUCCCUUUACAUCGAUCUACAAAAGCUUGCAGAUGGAUAGUAGAAAAUGCCGACGGCAAUAGAAUGCGUGUGAGUUGUGACAUGGUUAAGAUACCCGCGUCAGAAAACUGUGAACAAGAAAAACUCUCCAUUUCCACUACAGGAGAUAAAGAAUUUAGAGAUGCUAGGAACUAUUGUGGAAAUACUACUUUCAUUGAAUAUACUAAAGGAAAUCGACUUGCAGUUGCGCAAUUUGCGGAAGGUGCUAUCCAAGGCACGUACAGUUGUGUUGUACAAUCCUUGAGUGAACAAUCAAACUGCUCUUGCGGGUAUGAAUCUCCAAAGUCUAACGACGACGGAAAAGCUACGAUCACGGAGUACCCCUCUACUGCAGCACUGAUGUUUAUUGCAACAGAAGAAGCCUUUUGUGGAGCGACUAUAAUAUCACCCAGAUAUGCUGUAACAGCAGCUAGUUGCACAGAAAAUUGGGAUUCUGACGAUUUGGCUUUGUUGGUUGGCAGCGACGAUCACAACCUUGACACAGUUACCAACACUACUGAUGUUAUUCCUAUCUGGCUCAUAGAGCGACACCCCUUAUACAGCAGCUACAAGUUUGCGUACGACAUAGCUCUCCUUCACACUCAUAGAGAGAUUCACUUCAACUCGGUAGUGACACCUGUGUGUUUGCCUUUCAAGAACAGUUUUCACAGUCUCGAAGGAAAAACACUCACAGCUUUAGAUUGGGGUUUUCACAACACUUCUGGUCACAUUGCUUUGCGCAGAGUACAGUGGUCUGUUAUUUCUAAUGAGACUUGCAACAAUGCUCUUGCUAGAAAGUACAUGAAUGGGAUAUUUUCGCACCAAUUUUGUACUCGCGGAAGUACAAUAUGUCGUCCUAAUAAAGGUGGUCCUCUUCUGUGGAAAGAUCCCGACAGUUCGAAACUACAGUUGGUGGGAAUUAUUUCUUAUAGUUUUGAUUGUGGAAUCUCAAACUCUGUGGUCAAUACGAACAUUUAUGAGUUGUUGCCAUGGAUUGUUUCGUACUCCAUUGGUGAUGAUUUUUGCCUCAAGCCGACCCACCAUCAAGAAGCUUUUCACAACCCUCUCGAGUCCUACACCAAUGGGGGUCGGCACCUGGAGACGGCAGUCCCCUGUGGGACUUGGAGGCCCGUCUCUAGGUACCAGGCUUUGUUAGUUCAAGGGGGCACCUCGUUAAGAUCGGGACUGGUGAACCCAUUGGCCUACUACCUUGCUGCGGUGGGCAUCUGGGCCACGACGUAG